AUGUCCAAGAGUUCAUUUUUCGAACUGUGCGAAUUGCUACGUCCCCACAUACCGGUGCAGAGCAUGUUUCUAACCGUUCCAGUUCCCUUGGAGAAACAAGUUGCGAUCUGCGUAUAUAAACUGGCGACCUGUGCCGAGUAUCGAGUGAUUGGGGAUGUAUUUGGAGUACAUAAAAGUACUGUGCACAAGUACUUUCAUAUUGUGGUUAAGGCAGUAUUGAAACUUACGAGUGAAUUAAUUUCAUUCCCAAAACUGGAUGAAUGCAUUCAAAAUGCAAGUGCAUUUCAAAAAAUGUGUCACAUUCCUAACGUGAUUGGAGCUAUUGACGGAACACACAUUCCUGUUAAAGCCCCAAAAAUUGGGUACAUGGAUUUCGUCAAUCGAAAGGGAUGGACAUCGAUGGUCAUGCAAGCUGUAGUUGACAACAAUUACUUGUUUAGAGACGUCAGCAUGAAAUUUCCAGGAAGUGUCCACGAUGCCACGGUCUUUAAAGAAUCGCGAAUUUUUAAGAACCAUAGCCGAAUUAUUCCGGAAUUUUUAAAACUGGUGGGCAACAAGGAGAUUCCCUUCAUUAUCCUGGGAGAUCCGGCAUACCCAUUGCUAUCGUGGCUUUUAAAACCAUAUACCGGACACUUAACUCCACAGGAAGAGUCGUUUAACUGCUACCUUAGCACGGGCAGAAUUGUUGUAGAAAAUGCCUUUGGUCGAUUAAAAGGACGCUGGAGGCCAAAAGAAUAG